AUGUCUUCGUUAAGGAACAUCUUGGCCGCGGCCCUUCUUUUGGCCUCGUCGGUUCAUGCCGACUAUGUUAUCGAUCCCGGCAGCGUGUCGUUGACUGUCAGAACGAGCUGGUGCCAGUCUGAGAAGAGCACCUGUCCUAUAAUCUGCUCGCAGACGCCGCCGGGAACCACCUUGGUUAAUGAUUGUGACCCGAAAGAGUUGACCUACGGCUGUGUGUGCGGAGACAACAAGCAACCGAAUGUGUCCGAGUACUCGCUUACUCUGCCGUACUUCGUAUGCCAGGAAUGGGGUGACCAGUGCGUCACGAAGUGUGGACAGAAUAACGACUGUUCCAGGGCGUGCCGAGAGGACCACCCAUGCGGUGCACAGAACCCGACGAGGUCCAACGCCACAACAUCGAGUGCGGCCGCCACCGCUACGGCCAGCAGUACCUCUGACGACCCCAAUACUGUUUACACCGGUCUGGCCGGUAGCAGCGAGGACGGGAGUAAUGGCGGCAAUGCGGCUUUCCGAGUAGGUGCUAAUGGUGGCCUAUUCGGCUUUGCUGUCAUCGCCGCCAGUGUAAGCCUUGGCGUCUUUCUGCUGUAA